GAAAAAAUACGGAGAAAAAAUGAAGAAAUAGGAAAGGAAGAAAUCAUAGAAGUAGAAAGAGAGCAGAAAUCAGGAAAGCAACAGGACGCUAGAAAUAAAGGCAAAGAGAGUGAAAAUGGGAAAGCAGAAGUAGCCAACACGAAAGGCGAAAGAUAUGAACGAAGAGGAGAAAAUGAAGCAGAAAACAAAGUUGGAGAACAAACACAACAGGCAGUAAUAGAACAAGAGAGGAAAUAG